AUGGCCCAGUGCUUUGGAAGUGAUUAUGUACUCGGCAAGGCGAAACCCUCAGAUGGGGAACGAUGGAACCUUCUCGAGCGCGUAUAUGCAGACUAUGAGGAGAUGAAUGCUCAGCAGCAGGAGAUUGCAGCGCGCAAGCGUGAGCUGGAUAUGGAGUUCUAUGACGGCAACAUUGAAAAGAUUGAAGAGGCGCUUCACUUCAACGAGAAUCGCCGUGGCUCUCGUGAAGGGGACUGGGACACGUACGAAAAGGUGGAGCAUAUCGUCAAGAAGUUUGUGUACUGUCGUGCUGGAAGGGUGUUCAAAGCUAGUGAAGUCCAGGAAGUCUUGGAGGAGCGCAUCCGCCUAUUGGGCGAUAUUGAAGCUUCACAGAAGCAGCGCAUCACUGCCUUGGAAACAACGCUUAGCUCAGUUCAGAGCGAGUUGGCUGAGGUAACGCGACUUCUGUGCAUGAGUGAGGCCCGAGCUAAGGCCCUCAAGGCGGAAUGUGUGGCAAAUACCAUGAAAGCUAGGCAGCUGCAGCGCGUGUGCGACGGCCUUAGAGGCAGUGGGAAAAAAGACGAGAGCGAGGUGUUCAGAGACAUGCGCCUCCUCAUUGAGGCAAACAGACAAAUGGAGAAGGAUUGCCAGAAACUACGCGUCGCGUUGAACAUGGGCCCUGUGAGCGCGAAGAAACAGAAGACUGUGAAAGCAGCGCAAAGAGUCCGCGCGCGGCCUGUGGUCGCCCACUCGAUGUCGAAUUCUCGCAACGGAAGCAUGGUGGAAACACUCCUAACUCACACGGAAAAGGUGGGGGAGUUGAAGUCAGAAGAAACUCUAGAGGCAAACAUUGAAUCUAAGGCGGAUGUGGUAACUGAUGCUUCACAGAAGCAAACCAAGACUCUUCCUCAGCUCACGGCACUCACGGGAGAUGCAGAGAAAAGUGUGUCAGCUGCCCAGUCCGCGGUGCGCGCAGACGACGGUGCCCCUGCUUCCGUGGAAAAUAGUCUUGUUGUUUGCGGUGGUAAUGGUCUUUGUGAAGUUUCGCUGGAAGGGAAGCCUGGCGACGAGACGCUUAAAUUCAUGUCUCAACCUAACAUAACCGGGAGUUUUCCAGAUCUUGAUCAGUCGCAGCGGGAUGUUUCCGUUUCCAGAACUAUGAGCAGUAAGGCGAUUUAUAAACUUGAGCGUAUUCAAGAGAGAGCGAGCACGUUGGCGGAGGAGGUACCUUUGUCUGAUGCCCUCAUGCGUGCGUUCAUCAAAUGUGAAAAGUUGCAGGAGCUAAUGGAGUGGGAAGUUGGCAGGAGCAUGGCAAUGCUUGACUAUGAUGCAAAUGUGUCCCACAAGCACGUAAGUUUCCACAGUGCGUGUGUGGGUGCCAGCAAAAAAUUCUCACAGGACGCUUCUUGUGGGGAAGAGAGGGAUAUGUCCAUGGUUUUUAGUGGGAGAGAAGUUGCCGGAAUGCCCGGAGAGUCCCUGAACACCUCCAAUUCACACCUAAGCCCGGCUGCUGGCGCUUCCAGGACCGCCGUGUUGCAAGGCUCCGGAGUCUCUCCAAUGAGCACCUUGAUUGGUAACCAGACUUCCUUCUUUACUACUACGCAGGAUGCUACGCGCACGCUUACCUCCCUGUCAGGUGAUUUGGGGCACCCAUUGCACUCUCUUAUGGGGCAAGUUUUGCCUAAUGGUCUGCUAACCGCGUCUCAGAAUAGUGGGUAUACGGAGAUGUCCUCCGCUGCGGCGAGAGAACUAGCUGAAACGGGCGGCGGAAACGUUGACUUCAACGACCCUGGAAUGCCAAUACAAGGAAUGGAAACUUCUUACAAGAACGGGCUGUUGCCCCACCACGCUGCGGUUGUGUUGUCGACUCGUAAGAAUUUAGCUGUUGAAGAUGUCGGCGGUUUGUCCACCCGCAUCAGGACGGCAGCAUUGAGUGGAAGUGAUGUGAGCGGUGCGAGCGAAGGUGGGUGGAAUCAGGUGGGAAGCCGCGAGGGAUCUGAAUGCUCCCAACUCGUGUAUUCUUCUGAAGAUGGUGAUUCGGACAGCGAAACUCACCACCUCGGUCGCUGGGUGGAUUCCCCCUCACAAUUAAGUGAUGAAGCUCCCUUCGAGGGAGUGGGAGUCGAAAACGCUAACACCAGGGCUAAAAAGUAUUCAGCACGGGGAAGCGAUAGGUCCAAUAUCUCUUUUGCGGGCUCCCGGAGAAGUGCCCACCGCAGCGCAGCUAGCCGCCUGACGAGUGCUGCUACCAAAGGGCGAACCCGUAAUUCAACAGUCAGCUUGGCAACAGAGCAACGACUAAGCGCGAGGACCAAGAGGAGGGCUGCGAGGGGCGGGGUGAAGGUUAACAGUGCGUUUCGGGCCCUGAGUAAGGAGGUGUCCACGCUACGAGAUGCAUGCCAUAAUAUGAUCAACGAAAUGAACGAGAUGUUUGACGUAAUGGGGAAAUGUGUUGAUGCCCUCGAAAAGCACUCGGGCACUGGCCAGCAAGUGGCGGCAACCCGCACAAAGCAGGCCUUAUCAGCUGUUGUCAAGGAGGUAGUGAAGGGGGUGGCGGAGCAAGAGGUGUUGGACCGUCUCGGGAAACAAGGCAUUGUUUUGGAGCGUCACCCAGAGUCUCCUAACUUAACUGAUGAGCAGUGGAUGCAGAAUCGGCUGUACGAUGCCAUUAUGAAAUCAACAAGUGAACACGUUGACAGGGCCCUCGUGCAAAAGGGUGAACGCCCAAGCAAAUCCCUUUGCGGUAGUCGUAGGUCAUCCCUAUCGGCACUCGACCAGAAGCAAGAAGGGCAGGAACGGCAACGGGAACGGGAACGGCAACGUUGGCAGAAACAAGAAGAACAGUGUCAAGGACAGGACCGCUUGUGGAAACAGGGACGAGAGCAAUGGCAAAGAGAAGGGAGAGGAGGUGGAGGAGGACAGUGGUGGGAACGAGAAGAACACAUGCACGCAUCCGAGCCCGAGAAUGUACAAAGGCGGUUAGCUGACUUGGGAAAAAGAAGGACUCCACGCCAGUCGGGCACUAACCAGGGCGAUUCGCACUUCUUCUCCUACCCAUUUAGGGGCGAUAAUGAGUUGGAGGAUGGAUCGUACACUCUUUGGCCAUCUGAUCCCACUCCGCCCACAGGUGUGGACACGGGGGUGUGGGAAGAGCCACUGGAAGCAAUGCGUCGAGAAAUGUGGAGACUCGCUGGCCACCCCUGCGUGGACUCUGGCGAUGGAAACACAGAGCAGAAUCCUCGGCCACUUCAUGCGCAUAUGAGCAAAGGGGGUGGUGGGGGUUGGAGGGAGAGGUUUUCAAGCUGGACGGUUGCUGGUGAUGCGAUGUUUUGUGCCCCACUUGCCGAGGAGGGUGAUAGGAAGUACCAACCCCCUGUGCCGUACAAGACCGGCCCAGGAUUCUUGGUUCCGCGCUUAAGGUUAGGAUGUGCGAGGCUCGGGGCCACGCACGGCGCGGUAAGGAGCAACUCCUGUGAGGAGAUUUUGGAGUAUCUAAGACGGCUUCAGCCACCGGAGUACUCCAGGGACCUCGCGUGUCUGACACCCAGAGUCUUCAGAUACGAUUUUGGAAGCACAGUUUCUGACGCUAGACGGAACGUGCGGGAGGGCGUCUCUCAGGUCAAACACCAUCUGCAAAGUGCGUUGUUUAAUCAGGGGUUCUCCAGCGAAAUACUACCGUACGCAACUGCUGCGAGGCGCUUGCAGCAUGGGGGAGCCCUGCCCACGUGGAUGCGUGAGGCGGUGGUGAUGCUCCGAAGGGAGGAAAAGGACCGAAACCAAAAGAUGGCCAAACUUAUCUUCCAGAAGGUGGCAACAAAUAUCCGUACAAGAAGUAUAUUGAAGCGCGUGUGUCGGGGAUCUGCUUUCGCCGCCUAUCUGGUUGUUAUGUGGGAGAAAUGGAUGGGAGGGUGGGAGAAACGCUGCGAGGCGUUACGGCAUACACAGAAGGAAAGUUUGGGGCGCGUUAUGGACAUGGUGGUGAAUGGUUUUAAUGUAGUGCCACAGCAGCUCCGCGGGCCACUUGAGACACAGGAGUCUCCGUGGGUAGACGCGAGGAGGACACUCAAAGGCGCGAGCAGCUACCACUUCAGAGAUGCACGGAUCCCCUCGAAGGACAAAUGA